AUGCCAAAUAUUAGUUUUAUUCCAACACUUCAUUUUCGUCAUCCCGCCAGGUCAACCCAGAAAAAAUUGGACCACAAUGUUCACCAUUACUUCCGAUCUGUAAUUUACCAUCGUGCCGUGUGCGAAGGAAGCCGGUUUUGCUCUAAUACGGUGCUACGCCACGGCGACGGCAAAGACACGAGAGCCAAACGACCAUGGACUAGUAGUGAGUACAAGGCCGAGAUGCGGAAUGAGAGGGAAAACGAGGCCAGCCGCCGGGAUGUGCCGAGGUUGAGCGAAUGCUGA